CUCUUCAAAACCUACUAGAAUUGUUUGGUAGAUCAGAACCACAUUAUAUACUUCAGGCAAGCUUUAUCAACUUUCUUUUCAAUACUAUUGGAGAAUUGCUUAGUUGUAAAACAUAUUACAGUGUUCUUGUGAGUAAUCAAGUCAAAGUCAUUUGGAAGGUGCUGAAAUUUCUACUCACUUUUUUUGUUGAUGCAAUGCAAUGCAUCAAUGAAGUAACUUCUUAUUACUUUUCCAACUUGGUAUCUGCUAGUAGUAAUUUCAAUGCAAAGAUUCUUGAAUUUGUAAGUUAAAAUGAUGUUUGGCAAUGUGUUGAUCCUUAUAAUUAUGGGUACAUGUGUUAGUAUGCUUUUGAGCAUUUGGUGGUAUGUGACUAUAAUUAAAUACAUUAAUAUAUCUUCAAAUCGCCCACGGAAGGUCUUAUAUAUUUGAUGAUAAUUUGAUGUAUAUGAAUAUAGCGUCAACAUGGGUGGUCAUAGAGUUCGGAAUAAGGAACCAAUGUCAUGGUCGGACGAGAAUGAACACGCUUUUAUUGAAAUUCUUUACGAGAAAGUGAAAUCAAAUGCAUUGCAAUGUUCUACAUUCACAAGAGACGAAUGGGGCAGGAUCAAUGAAAUCAUGAUAACUUCAACAAAAAUGGAUUACGGCAUAGAUAGCUUAAAAGGAAAGUGGAACCGCUUGCGUAAGAGUCAUCGCAUGUUCUCUGAACUUUUGGGACAUACGAGUGUUACAUGGGAUCCAAAUACCAACAAAGUUAAUGCUGCAGAGGAAGUUUGGCAACACUUUUAUACGAUUAACAAGUCGGAUUACAAGUUGUUCAAGAGGGAAGGAUGUAAGCACUACCACACUCUUAGGGAGAUAUUCAGCGGGACUACAGCUACUGGAGGAUUAGGCAGUGCCUCCACCCAGCAUCCAAACACAUCAGAGGAAGAAAGACAGCUAAAAGAUGAUUUUUUGAAUAGAGGAGUACAUGUGACUGCAGAAAAUGAUGAUGAAGUCGAUGUGGUUUCAAAUACUCGUCCACGUAACGAAAUUGGUACAUCAGGUAAACGACGACGUAAGGAACCUAAGGUCAGUAAAAGUGAUAAACUCGAGGCCUGUAUGGCACAAUGGUCAUUUACAGUUAGUUUGAGGAAUGAAGAAACUGAACUUAGAACACUUUACCUAAAAGAGAAGCUUGCAAAGAUCAAAGGAAAAGGUAGUUGUCAAUUAGAUAAUGAAGUUACUAGUCCAGAUCUUUAUUCAGAUGUUACUUGCUUGGACAUUUUAAACAAUAUCGAAGGGGUGUCUAAUGAGGUUUACAUGAAAGCAAUAAAGGCUUUCAAGGAUCCCGAUUUCAGGGUGUCAUUUGUGAAGAUGCCAGAAGCAAGGAGAGGACCUAUCUUGGAACUACUUUGAUGUGACUAUUGUUUUAAUAUGUGAUUGUUGUUAUGUUGAAGUGCCAUGUUAAACUCGAGGCUUGAAGUACUUUUUUUUCUCAUUUUGUGGUGAUGUUGUACUGUUUUCAUUUACAAACAUUGUGAUAUUGUUGGUUGGAGAACUGAUGUUGAUUUGUCUUCACUUUUUUAAUGCUUGAUUGCUUGUUUUAUUGAA